AUGGGAUCCAUUUUUUCUGUCCUAUUCAGCUCACGACGCACAUCCAAGACCCAGGCCAUUGUUUGGCGCGGCCAAGUUGACCCGGCUGUCUAUGAGAAAGCCCGAACCAGGAGACUCUUCAACGCCCAGAAACCUAAGAGAUAUCCCCUGGCGAUUGCAUUUGCCCGUAGCCAGUCGGACAUAGUUGACGCAGUCAAGCUUGCGAUCCAGAGGAACUGUCGCAUCUCUGUCCGCGCCGGUGGGCACAGCUAUGCAGGAUGGAGUGUACGCGACGAAUCAAUUUUGCUGGACUUAGGUAGCCUGUCCGACGGCCCUAUCUUGGAUGAGCUCACGGGCAUUGUUUCGGUAUCCCCGAGUAUGACUGGAAAAGAUUUAGUAAGCUAUCUUUCCACUAAGGGUCGAACCAUUUCCGCCGGACACUGCCCAGAUGUUGGACUGGGAGGCUUUCUUCUUGGCGGUGGUAUGGGAUGGAAUUGCAAUAACUGGGGCUGGGCAUGCGAGCAGAUCAAAGCUGUUGAUGUGGUGACAGCCGAUGCCCAACUUGUUCGAGCAGAUUCUCGACGAAACACGGACCUCUUCUGGGCAGCAAGAGGAGCUGGUCCGGCAUUUCCCGGCAUCGUCACACGCUUUCAUCUUCAAACUCGAGUUUCUUCAUUCCAGAUGUGGUCCUCGGCCUACGUGUAUCCCCUCCGGCAUUAUAAGGCAGCAUUUAACUGGGCAUUAAAGAUUCCCUCUAGCGUUCAAGGGGGCCUUGAAGUUGUCGCGAUCGGCAGUUAUCAGCAGGAAUCCACCGAACCCUGCAUUACCAUUGCAAUAAUCGUCUAUGGUGACCAAAAAGAAAAGCUGUACCGAAUAUUACAGCAGCUGGAUGAGACUCAUCCUGAUGGCACACUCUUUCGUUCGUUCUGCGAGGUAACCAGCUUCCAGCAGGAGUUUGAGAGAAAGGCUCAAGCUUUUCCAGCAGGCCACAGAUACUUUGUCGAGAAUGCAUGGUUGAAAAACGAUAUCGAUGUCGCCACCGUCCUGGAGCCAGCCUUUACGAAGUUGCCAUCCAGAAAGUCGUUGGCGCUCUGGCAGUCUAUGGCUCCAUGUAGCCGACGCGAGCUCCCAGAAAUGGCCCUUAGCAUGCAAUCCGAUCAUUAUCUGGCGCUUUACGGAAUAUGGGAGCAUGAAAAAGAUGACUUCCGUUGCCAGUCCGCAAUAAGUAGUAUAAUAGCGGAUAUCGAGGCCGAUACUGUAGGCGCCUAUCUAGGUGAACUGGACUUCAGGGCCCGUCAGACAAAGUACUGGGGGGAUAAUCAGCGCAGAAAGCUUAUCGAUAUUCGGAAGAAGUGGGAUCCCAACAGUCGAAUAUGUGGCUGUCUUGGAUUGGAUGAGCUGGACAAGUCCGAGAUAUCCAAGCCACGCCUGUGA